AUGCUUCAGCAUCGCCGUUUCUGCAUGUUCAUGCUUUCAGAACGGCUCAGCGUCAUGUCCAUGCGGCACGAGCACUUCCGGGCCCGCACGCGCCACCUCUUCGCGAGGAAGUUCCGCCAGCAUGGUCCCAUUAAGCUGUCGACCUACCUGCGUCCCUUCCACGCCGGUGACAUUGUCGACAUCAAGGCCAACGCCGCCGAGCAGAAGGGCAUGCCCCACAAGUACUACCACGGCCGCACCGGUGUUGUGUUCAACGUUGCUCCCCGUGCCGUUGGUGUGAUCAUCUACAAGGUGGUCGGCAACCGAUACAUCGAGAAGCGCGUCAACGUGCGCAUCGAGCACGUCAAGCACUCCAAGUGCCGUGACGACUUCCUGCAGCGUGUCAAGCGCAACGCCGAGCUCAAGAAGGAGGCCAAGGCCAAGGGCGAGCGCGUCCAGCUCAAGCGUCUGCCCGCUGCUCCCCGUGUUGCCCACACUCUCUCGAUGAAGAACAACACCCCCGAGACCCUCGCUCCCCAGGCCUACGACACCUACAUCUAA